UUUUAUAUUUAAUAAUCAUUCUACGCUCGUUACAGAAAUGUGCCUUGCAGUCGCCUCCUCGAUCCGCUGCGAUGCCACAUGAGCGGUGUCCCCGCUUGGCAGCAGGUCGUUUCGUCCCGCAGCGCUUGGACACCUGGCCAACUUUUAGGAGGAGCCUGUGGGUCCGGUCCGUGUGGAGCAGCUGCGCAUCAACCCAAGCUGCUGCGCGGAGCACGAUUAGAACAUCUGAGACUGGUGCGGCUCUCCACUGCGCUUAGCCAUGGAUGACACGAGCGCAUCAUCUUUACUCCACAUUUUUACUUCCCAGUAAAACUGAUACCACUCGUGGGAGACUAUGGGAGCUGGCAUCCCUGAAAUUAAUUCAAGCUUUAAUUUCACCGGUGACGAUUCUGCGAGCUUCCAUGGGACUGGCGCCUCAUUUUCAGGCUAUAUCAUGGUGAUCCUGGCUGUGUUAAUGGUAACUCUUGUCGUUGUAGUUGUAGUUGGGAAUGCGCUGGUCAUCUUUGCGUUUGUGGUGGACAAAAGUCUUAGAAAUCAGAGCAACUAUUUCUUCUUGAACCUGGCGAUAUCAGAUUUCCUCGUAGGCGCUUUCUGCAUUCCUGUCUACAUCCCGUACAUCCUGACAGGACGCUGGAUGUUCGGACGGGGUCUCUGCAAGCUGUGGCUGGUGAUCGACUACCUGCUGUGCACAGCCUCCGUGUUCAACAUCGUCCUCAUCAGCUACGAUCGCUUCCUGUCCGUGACACGGGCUGUGACGUACAGGGCCCAGCAGGGCAUGACCAACUUGGCCUUGGGGAAGAUGGUGGCCGUGUGGGUCUUGGCAUUCCUCCUCUACGGCCCUGCCAUCAUCUUCUGGGAGUCAGUGGUAGGCAAGAGCAAUGUUCCGAGUGACGAGUGCUUCGCCGAGUUCUACUACACCUGGUACUUCCUGCUCUGCGCCUCCACCUUUGAGUUCUUCUCGCCCUUCAUCUCGGUGGCCUUCUUCAACCUGAGCAUCUACCUAAACAUCCGCCGGAGGAAUAAGAGUCGCGAGGCGCAGCAGGCCGAACGGGCCAACGAGCUGCUGUUGUCCCAGCGCGAUGGAGCCCACGCGGGCUCUGUCUUCUUCGUCAAGACACGCAAGGUGCAGUCGAGCGAGCCUGCGGCCGUGUCCGCCGUCAUCGAGGACGACGAACCUUCGCCAUCUUCCAGCUGCCUGAGCAGCAACUCCCUCAUGCUCAAGAAGAAGAUGGCCUCCAACAAACUGAGGCCCUCGGUCCCGCGUGUGCCCAUUGUCAACGGUGCCCGAGCGGAUGCCCCCGGUGGCCGGAAUGCGCAGCACUCGCGCCUCUCCCGCGACAAGAAGAUCGCCAAGUCUCUGGCAAUCAUCGUGUGCAUCUUCGGGAUCUGUUGGGCACCGUACACGCUACUGAUGAUCAUCCGGGCGGCCUGUAGUGGACGCUGUGUGGAGCACCACUGGUAUGAGAUCACCUUCUGGCUCCUCUGGCUCAAUUCUGCCAUCAACCCUUUCCUGUACCCACUCUGCCAUAGCAGCUUCCGGCGAGCCUUUGCCAGGAUGCUGUGUCCCAAGCGGCAGUCCGUACAGCCACAGAUGGAGCCGCAGUCCUGCCAGUGACAGGGAGCCACGUCUGACGUGAGAGCGACAUUCUCAUUUUAAAG